AUGAUGUCUUUCAAGGAACUCUCGUUAAACUCAAAAAUCGAUCUCAUUAAUUCGCUCAUCGAUAAAACGGCACAACAGCUUUCUGACUCGAUGUGCCGUUUGCGUGUCAACGAAGAUGGAAACCAAUUCUCGCCAAUGACCGAAAAUUUGAUUCACCAAAAUCGAUAUGGAUGCACAGACCUACCGGGCGAACGCUCGAGGCGAACAAGUAUUCGCUCGGAUGACACCGAUAAUCAAGCUUCGUCACUAGAAAGAGAUCCUUCAUCAGAUGUCACACUUCGCUCGGAGCGAAAGACCGAAGAAUUGAUCACGGCUUCUUAUGAUGUGAACUCGGUGCAUAAAACUCCAAGCGAUGCUAAAGAAAGCGUUGACACGCUAUCGUCAGCUAGUUCAUCGUGCGAAGCCCGCUCGUGGAACUUACCCACAUUUUCAAACCAGAAUUCGAAUUUUUCUCUGAAGGAUCCAACAACUGUCAGUUAUGAUGUUAUUCCCAAGGUGACCACUUUGGCGGAGAAAAGCCGCAGUUCAAAGGCGAAAACCCCCACUGAUAAGGAAUUGGAAAUGCUGGAGAAACGGAUAGAGAAGAAACGGACGGGAAUUCUUUCUGCACACCGCCGCGGUGAAAUUAAAGGAAGGGGAAUAAUU